CCUUGAAAAAGAAGGAAGUUAUGUGUCACAGCCUAAACAUAUUUCCGAACAUAUGCUAAUUCCUUCAAUGAAAGAAAAGAAGGAUCUUAAAGAAACUAGCAUAAAAUCUCAGCUAUCAUUUGCUGAGAAACCCACAAUAGUCGAUAUUCCACAAUCAGAACCUAAAAAGAAAGAACCUGAUGCACAACAACCAGGGCCACCAUUACUUGAAAGACAUGAAAGUAAAGCAACCCUAUCUAAACCAACUUCAGAUCAUAUACCAUCCUCUUCAAAAGAAGUAAAGAAGGAGAAAACUGAUUUUGAUACAACAUCAGUUGAGAAAACAACCAAAGUUGAUAUUAAACCACCUGCUGCAAUGGAGAUUGUCUUGCCUGAGCCUAAAGAAAAACAAACUUUGCCUGCACUACUUGAAAAACAAGAAACUCAAGCAACUCAUACGAAACAAAUUAUAGAACCGUCACCACUUCCACUUAAAGAAGUAAAGAAAGAUAAAGAAGAUUUGGGGGCUACAUCUGCUAAGAAAUUACAAAUAGUUGAUGUUUCACAACCUGAGCCUAAAAAAAUUGAUAUUGAGGCUAAAACAAAACAGGCAGUGCCUACAUCACCUGAAAAAAGUAUCACAGCUCAGCCUACAAAAAUAUCAGAACCCUUGCCAAUUUCAAUACAAGAAGGCACAAAGGAUAUUACAGAUUUUGGUCCAUUAUAUCAGAAACCAUCUGUGGAGAAACCACCAAAAGAUGUCAAACCACUUCCGGCCCAGAAGAUUGAUUAUCAUGAGCCAACUUUACUUGAAAAACAAGAAAGUAAAGCAACUCUCCCUGAAAGGAUUUCAGAACAAGCACGAGGAUCAUCAAAAGAAGGAAAGGAGGAUUUUGGCCCUCCAUCUACUGAAAGGCUGCCAAAAAUAGAUGUUACACCAACUGUGCCAAUGGAAAUUGACAUACAUAAGCCUAGUGUAAAACAGGCAGUGCCACCACCAACUGAAAAACAAGAAAGUAAAAUAACACAGCCUAAAAGAAUUUCAGAACAUGUUCCGCUUCCUUCAAAAGAAGUUAAGAAAGAUUUUGGUCCACCAUCUUCUGAGAAACCACCAAAAGUAGACGAUACACAACCUAUGGCAAUGAAAAGUGACAUACCUAAACCUAGCGAAAGACAAAUGGUGCCACCUUUAUCUGAAAAACAAGAAAGUAAAAUAACACAGCCUAAAAGAAUUUCAGAACAUGUUCCGCUUCCUUCAAAAGAAGUUAAGAAAGAUUUUGGUCCACCAUCUUCUGAGAAACCACCAAAAGUAGACGAUACACAACCUUUGGCAAUGAAAACUGAUAUGCCUAAGCUUAGCGAAAAACAAAUAGUGCCAACCUUAUCCGAAAAAGAAGAAAGUAAGGUAACACUUCCGAAAAGAACAUCAGAACAUGUGCCACUUCCUUCAAAGGAAAGAAAGGAGGAUUUAGGCCAACCAUCUACUAAGAAACCACCCAAAGUAGAUGUUACACAACCUGUAGCAAUUAAAACUGACAUACCCGAACCUAGUGAAAAGCAAAAGGUGCCAACUUUACCUGAAAAACAAGAUAGUAAAACAACACUACCUAAAAGAAUUUCAGAACUUGUACCAAUUUCUUUAGGCGAACCAUCUACUAAGGAACCUCCGAAAGUAGAUGAUACCCUACCUGUGGCAAUGAAAAGUGACAUAACUAAGCUCAGUGAAAAACAAACUGUACUACCCUUGCCUGAAAAACAAGAAAGUGAAGCAAAACUCCCUAAAAUAAUUUCAGAACAUGGGCUACUUCCUUCAAAAGAAAGAAAGGAGGAUUUAGGUGAACCAUUUACUGAGAAACCACCCAAAGUAGAAGUUACACAAACUGUAGCAAUGAAAACUGACAUACCUGAGCCUAGUGAAAAACAAAAGGUGGCACAUUUACCUGAAAAACAAGAUAGUAAAACAAAACACAAAACAAUUUCAGAACAUGUACCAAUUUCUUUAGGUGAACCAUCUACUGAGGAACCACCGAAAGUAGAUGAUACACUACCUGCGCCAAUGAAAAGUGACAUGCUUAAACCUAGAGAAGAACAAAUGCUUCCCCCUUCACCUGAAAAACAAGAAAGUAAAGCAACACUGCCUAAAAGAAUUUCAGAACAUGUACCAAUUUCUUCAAAAGAAAGAAAGGAGGAUUUAGGUGAACCAUCUACCGAGAAACCACCAAUACAAGAUGUUAUCCAACCAGUGGCAAUGAAAAGUGACAUACCUAAGCCUAGUGAAAAACAAAUGGUGUUACCUUUAUCUAAAAUACAAGACAGUAAAGUGACACUGCCUAAAAAAAUGUCUGAAUAUGUACCAGGUCCUCCACAAGAAGAAAAGGAGGAUUUUGGCUCAUCUGAGAAACAGAAAGCAGAGAAACCACCAAAAGUUGAUGUUAUUCAACCUGUGCCAAUGAAAAGUGACAUGCCUAAACCUAGUGAAAAACAAAUGACGCCACCUUUAACUGAAAAACAAGACUCUAAAGUGACACUGCCUAAAGGAAUUUCAGAACAUGCAGUAAUUCCUUCAAAAGAAGAAAAGGAGGAUUUUAGUCCAUUAUCUACAGAGACAAAACAAAAAUUAGAUGUUACACAACCUGUGGCGAUGAAAACUGACGUGCUUAAGCCUAGUGAAAAACACAUGGUGCCACCUUUACUUGAAAAACAGGAAAUAUUUGAAGGACCACUGAAACGUAUAGCAGAUGGCGCCCCAAUUUUAUUAAAAGAAGAAAAGAAGAAAAUUAGUGAUUUUGGGCCACCAUCUGCUGAGAAACCACCAAAAGUAGAUGUUAAGCCAUCUGAACCUGUAAAGAUUGAAAAACAAGAACCUGGUGUACAGCAGCCAGAAUUAACAUUGCUUGAAAAGCAAGAAAGUGAUAUGUCACAGCCUAAAAAAAUUCCAGAAUAUGUGCCAAUUUUAACAAAAGAAGAAAAGAUGGAUCAUAAGGAAAUAAGCCCAAAAUCUCAGGUGGUGUUAACUGAGAAACUAUUAAAAGUUGAUACCGAUCAAUCUGAACCUGAAAAGAAAGAGCCUGAUACACAACACCCUUCAAUAGUUGUUGACAUACAUGAGCCAAGUACAAAAUCUAUUGAGCCAACAUUGCUAGAAAAAGAAAUAUUUGUAGGACCAUCUAAAAGAAGUUCAGAAGGAGCCCCAAUUUUACCAAAAGAAGAAAAGAAGGAGAUUAUAGACUUUGGCCCAUCAUCUGCUGAGAAGCCAACUGAAGUGGAUGUUAAACCACCUGUAGCAAAGGAAGUUGAUAUGAAAAAAUCUGAACAUGCUGUGCCUACAUUACUUGAAACACAAGAAAGUUAUGCAACACAAAGCAAAAUAACUUCAGAACCUGAACUAAUUUCUUCAAAAGAAGAAAAGCAGGAUAUUAAAGAUCUUGGUCUACAAUCUGUUCCACAACCACAACAGCCUGAGUAUAUUGACGUCCAUGAGCAUCAUCCAAAACUGACAGUACCUACCUUACCUGAAAAGGAGGAGAGUUAUGUUGCGCCCACUAAAAGUAUCCCAGAGAGUAUAUCAAUUACAUUAGAUUUAGACCAACCGUAUUCUGAGCCAAUAUUUAUGCAGAUUUUGCCAGAUGAUAGACAUCCUGACCUAACAAGGGUUGACAAGGAGGAUCUCAGCACUACACACCCAGUUCCUAUUCACAUUGAUGAACAAGGUGCACCACCUUAUCAACAGCAGUUACCACCAACUAGUGAAACUGUAAAAUAUGAAAAGGAAGUAUCUGAGUUUACAUAUCCAAGUUCUUCAGUGACUGGAGUAGAAACUAUGCAGGGUAUGCCAGAAUAUGGUCCACAAUAUCCUCAGGUUCAUGACAGACAAUUGUCUGAACCUGACGUACAAUAUGAACCUGCAAGAUAUGAAAAGGAUUCAUAUCCAGGUCCAUCAAAAUUUGAAAGUGGAGAGAGUUAUGCAGUGCCAACUCAUCCAAGAGAAGUUAUGCAGGAUAUGCCAGACUAUGACCAACAAUAUGAUCAGCCAUCUUAUAUCCAGCAAAUGCAGACAGUUGAUGUUCGAAAAUCUGUACCUGUAAUAUAUGAAGUGGUAGAGCCUGAUGAACCAUAUCCAGGUUAUGCAGUUCCAACUAAAAGAUUUUCUGAAUAUAUGCCUAUUCAUUCAAGAGAAGGUAUGCAGGAUAUGCCAGACUAUGACCAUCAAUAUGAAAAGCCAACUUAUGCCCAGCAAGUGCCAACAGUUGACGGUCGACAAUCUAUACCUAUAAUUUAUGAAGAUGUAGUGCUUGAAGAAACCUAUCAAGGUCAACCACUGGUUGCCCAGCAAGAAGUUCUACAAGAAGUGCCAGAUUUUGAUUCAAAAUAUUCUCAGCCCUAUUAUGUUCAGGAACAGCCGAUAGUUUAUGAUGAACAACCUGAAAUUAUAAGAUAUGAAAUCAAUGAGCAAGGGGGGACAUAUCCAAGUCUAUACGAUGAUGGUUAUGUAGUUUCAUCUCAAAGACAUUCAGAAUAUAUGCCAAUUCAAUCAACAGAAAGUAUUGAGGUUAUGCCAGGUUAUGGUUCCGAGAACCUUCAGCCACUACCAAAAAUUGUUCGACUAUCAGUGCCUGUAAUAUACGAAAUUGUGGAGCCUAAAGAAAUGUAUCAAGAUGGCCAAACACUAGUUGGUGAACAAGAUAAUUAUGUAAUACAACCUCAAAGACUUUCAGAAUAUGUACCUAUUUCAUCCAAAGAAGGUGAUAUGCCAGAAUAUGAACAAUAUUCUCAGUCACAUUAUACCCAGCAAUUACCUGAACCUAGAUAUGAAGUGAUGGAGCCUGAGUCUAUAGAAUAUGAAAUGGUGGAGCAUGAGGAGACACACCCAGGUCUAUAUACUGAAGAACAAGAUGGUUAUCCAGCAUAUGUCAAACGAUAUUCUGAAUACGUGCCACCAAUGUUAGAAAGAACUGAAAAGACAGAUGCUCAGGAAUAUAGGGCACCAGAAUAUUGGUCUGAAGAUGGCCAACCCAUAAUACUUAGUGGCCAACCUACAAUAUUUGAGCAGCAAGAGGUACAAGAAAUGCACCCUUAUUAUGAUGAAAAUGCUCCUCCCAGGUAUUAUUUAGAAGAAGAACAACAGGAACAACCAUAUCAAGAGAAAUAUUAUCCUGACAUUGGAAUGAUUGAAAUGGUGACUCCUUUUAAUGAGGAUAUUAGGUCAAUAUCACAGGUAAUUUAUAGGUCAGAGGGUGAACCUCUAGAUUAUUACGCAGAGAAAGAACAUGAAUAUAGCAUAAUUGAAUCUAAAACUGAUCAAGAAGAUAUCUUUGAAGGAAGUACAACAGAGCCACAACAGGGUGAGGGUACUGAAAUACCACCAAAAGAACAAGAAACAGAAGCACCAGAUCACAAAUCUCUCCCUGGUAUGGAAUUACCAAAAGAAUCUGAUUUUCUCUCUCCUGCCUUUGACUUUGAUUCAAAAGUAGAAACGUUAAAAAAAGAUCAGUCCAGACAAAGCCAAAAAGAUUUUCUUAUAUCUGAAAGUGAAAAGGUAUCAGAACCAAGUAAAAUUUCUGCCCCCGACUUAGAAACACAAGAAUGCCCCACAUUAGCAGCUCAUUCGGAAACUAAAUCAAAUAUGUCCGAUAUAAAGCUUAAGUCGAAAUCACUAACUGACAUUUCUUUGAAAGAAACAAGUGACUACCUAACAGAAAGUACUGAGAUGCCCACUGACAAAGUAAGAAAAGUUCUUUCACAACCUGAUGCCAGAGUUAGUGUUAAGUCCGGUUCGCAGCAUGAUGAGUUGCCGGUCAAAGAUGCCCAAAAAGACACUUCAACUGUGAAAGAAAAAGAAAGUAUAAUAGGUGAUGCAGAAAUUGAAGAAUUGGUAGAUAGAAUUAAACAGAAAGUAAGCUCUACUAGAUUGAGCCCUAAAACAUCAAGCGAGAAAUAUAGAACUUCCAUUAUAACGGAAAAAGUUGGAAUGAAGGAAGAAGCAGGGGAGGAUGUAAAAUCGAUUGAAAUGGAAAAAUCAACCAAAAUUUCAAGUACUUGUGAAGAUGUACCAGUCGAAUCUACUUCGGUAUCUUCACAUGAGAAAAUGGAACAGGAUACUAUGGUACGUACUAUUUCCAGUGAGGGUCAUAAGGUUGAAGAAGGUUACCAAAGUGAGACUGGGACCGAUUUUGACGAGAGAAAACUUCUUAAAAAAGUAAUGGAUUGGUUUGAAAAUGUGAAAAUUGAAGCUGAAGAAACCGAGAUACAAAAUGUUCUAAGAGAAGUGGUAGAAAAAAAGAUUUGUUCGACACUAUCAGUAGAGGAAUUUGGCGAAUCUAGUGUGAAAGCAGUAGCUAAAAAAAUUUCUCGGUGGAUUGAAAAUGAGGUGGAUGAAAUCAUAAAUGACAUUGAGAAAGGAAUGAUUACAUUGCCGCCUUGCAGAACCCAACAAAGGAAAGGCCCUACAUUCCAUGUAAAAAAAGAUGGAUUCGCUUACGACAUUACACCAAUUUGCGAUGAACUAGUAAAAAAUAAAGUAGACGCUAAUAAGGCUCAUUUUUAUCCCGAUUUAAAUAACCCAUCUAAAGAAGGUCCGUUGUUAAAAUCAGAAUUUAAAACCUGGGCACGGUGGGCAACGGAUGUUGUCACUGUUGCCGAACUGUGGGCUAAUUGGAUUGACGAUACUUGUGCACAAGCACAACAAAAAGUAAAGGACAGAAAGGAAGCCAAAUAUAGAAACAUUACAGAUCAAAAUGAAAAGGAGUUUAGGCAAUGGCAGAAGAAUGUACAAGAUGAUGCCUUGGAAUGGCAAAGAAAUAAGCAGCUACUUAAAAAAGUAGCUGCCUUUUGGCAUCAAAAGGCACAACAGGUUUUAGAUUAAACUAAUUCAUCCUAUGUCUUUUGGUUAAUUCCAAAAAUUAAUGUCUUCAAAUAAAAUGUUUGUCUUAAUA